AUGGCCGAUUGCUCCAUUCGUCCUAUGUCGUCAGCUUACUCAUUUCCAUCGACUCAGUUUUGGAACAGUGUUCACUAUCGUCCAAGCAUAGGCAACAGAUUUGUGACGGAUAACUAUCUUCAGGCCAACAAUUUCUCGAUCGUCCCCAGCCGAUCGUAUCCUUCGCAGUUCUUUCGCUCUUGGGUCGAUAAGUCGAGGCAAGUGAGUGAAUGUAAAAACGCUAACAAAAUUGGUCAAUGGGAGACGGUCACACCCAGCUGUCAGUUGCCACACUCGACUGUGCCUUGCAUAACGUUCACCUUCUGCUCAUACAAUGUUUUGUGCCAGUCGACUUUGGAUUCGAUGUAUGAUCUGUACCCAGACUGCAAACCUGAGCAUUUAACGUGGAGCUUUCGAUGGCCGCUGCUACAGAAGAUGUUCGAAUCUUUGGACGCAGAUAUUUUCUGUCUGCAAGAGAUUGAAGCUCAGUACGUUGAACCUUGCUACAUGGCCUACUUCAAAGGCAGAGGUUUCGAUGGCACAUUCAAGAAGCGGACAAAUGACAAGGCAGAUGGUUGUGCAAUCUUCUGGCGACGGAGCAAAUUUUCAUUGCAUUCAAGCACCCAGCUCGAAUAUCUUCUGCCAAGAACGGCGAUGAAUCGUGACAACGUCGGCUUAAUCGUUACACUCAAGUCUGCUGACGAUAAAAAUGAUGGUACAAAGCAGGGGCUUAUUACCGUUGCUACCACGCAUCUGUUGUAUAACCUGAAAAGGGGUGACAUCAAACUUGCGCAGAUGGCUUUGCUGCUUUCUCGCGUGCAGAAGGCCGCACAAAAGAAUGACCCUGAGACGCAUCUUCCGACCUUUCACCCAGUCAUUAUAUGCGGUGAUUUCAAUGCCACACCGUUCUCUCCUUUACACAAAUUUGUGGCUGAUGGUGCACUGCCUUACGAAGGAUUGCGAAGAAAUGAGAUUUCUGGUCAGGGAGCAUUGGGGGGCCCAAAGCUUUGUUUUCCGCUGCUGCCGCCGUCCGCAAACAUAUUAGAGGAGAUGUGUGACCUGCUUGAAGAAAGUUCCACGCAGUCGGUACGUGUUUUCUUUCGAAAGCGGUUUUUUCCCGCUGUUGUCGGUCAUCGAUUGACUCUUCGAUCCGUGUAUGAUUCAGAGAAGACGACGCCUUGUCGCCAUGUUACUUCAGUAUUAGGGCUCAAAACAGUUGAUCACAUAUUCUAUUCUGAUACCAUUCAGACUGGGACGUCUUCCGGGACGUUUGAAAAGCCCUUUCUCCUGUGUACGGAGCGCUGUCCUUUGCCGAUGGUGAGUGAAUUGAAGAUGAUGGCGGCUCCAAAUUCAUGGAUGCCAUCUGACCAUUUUCCAUUGCUCUCGAAAUUUAAUUUUUAUACAUAG